AUGCUUCCUACUCCUAUUACUCCUGCUAGUGGUCAUCAUCAGCACCACCAUAGUGUGGACUUGAGUAAUCAGAAGGAUCUAUCUAAACUACGCAGUAGCUCGUGCAUUGCUAGAGGAUAUCAAGAAGAUGAGGACGAAUUAGGCUCGCCUGGGUUGGCAUGGGUCCGUCAUGGGGGCAAGAGGUGUGAUCCAAAUAUGGGCACACCCCAUUCGGACGUUAUAGAGUCCACAUUAACAGACCUAUAUCAAAUUACUAUGGCAUAUGCUUAUUGGCAAGCAGCUAAGACCGAAGACCAUGCAGUCUUUGACGUCUACUUCCGCAAGUGCCCCUUCAACGGCGAGUUCGUAGUCUGUGCUGGUAUAGACGAGGUUGUGAGGUUUGUCAAUACGUUCUGUUUCACUCCAAUGAAUAUAGAGUAUUUGAAGACCCAACUUCCUACUGCAUCCGAUGAGUUCUUCCAAUACCUCCUCACACUAGAUGCUAAGGACGUUACCAUACAUGCUGUCAGAGAAGGCGACUUUGUAUUCCCGCGGGAGCCGGUCCUACGUGUUGCUGGCCCACUCAUUGUAUGCCAGCUGCUGGAGACAGGCAUACUCACUCUCCUCAACUUCCCCUGUCUUAUAGCCACACAGGCAGCGAGGUUACGUAUAGCUGCUGGCGACUCGGCUAGGCUCAUGGAGUUCGGUUGUCGUCGAGCCCAGGGUCCAGAUGGAGCUCUCUCGGCCAGUCGCUACGCCUACAUUGGAGGCUUUGAUGCCACAUCCAACGUUAAAGCUGGUCAUGCAUUCGACAUACCCCUGGGUGGUACACAUGCUCAUGCCUUCGUGACUAGCUUCCAUGGACUUGAGGAUCUUGAUCAUCCCUGCAGGCCACCAGACACGAGUAAUUAUAACCCCAACCCGAGGAUAGACCUCUGCAUUGCCUUAGAUUUGAGGGUACUAGCUUAUGUCGUUCAUGUUCUUGAACCCUUCGCACAGGUCGAGAUGUGUAAUGAUGGCGAACUAGUGGCGUUUAUACGCUACGCCCAGGCCUUCCCAUCGGCCUUCCUUGCACUAGUUGAUACCUUCGAGACUUUAUCUUCUGGCAUCCCCAACUUCAUCAGUGUUGCCCUUGGUCUAUGGAGGAUCGCCUCUUCCAAGGCCAUAGGGAUACGUCUAGACAGUGGCGAUUUGGCGUAUCUCAGUAUCAAGACUCGAGAGCUCUUCCUUCGUGCUGGUGAUGCUUUCGAAUCUGAGGGAUUCUCCUUCAUAAAAACCACUACUAUAGUAGUAUCCAAUGAUAUUAACGAGGAUGUGAUGAUAUCCCUCAAGGAACAGAAGCAUUGUAUCGAUUCAUUCGGCAUUGGCACCAAUCUGGUGACUUGCCAAGCUCAACCAGCACUGGGGAUGGUAUACAAACUAGUUGAGUUGAAUGAUCAGCCUAAGAUGAAGUUAUCUCAAGACAUAGCCAAACAGGGAAUCCCAUCGCGGAAGGCGCUAUUCCGUCUUUACGGUAUGGAUGGUAUCCCUAUACUAGACUUGAUGCAAGGGGUUGAUGAGCCGGAGCCGAAGCCCCAUGAGAGGGUAUUCUGUCGCCACUUGUUCGACGAGCAAAAGAGAUGCUAUGUGAGACCUGAACGAGUUAAGAAUAUGCUCGUUUGUAUUUGGGAUCAUGGUAUUGAUAGACUUCUAUCACCCGCACCAUUUCGAUGCUGUAGGGAACAGUUCGAUAAGGUCAGGCGGUCCUUUAGACAGGAUCAUCUUAGGCCCGUUAACCCCACACCGUACAAAGUGAGCACCUCUGGGGAGUUCUUUGAUUUCUAUCGACAAUUCUGGCAGGAGACGGUACCAGUCAGAGAGUUCAGUUAA